AGCUCCGCGCUUUCCUCGCCCUUUCGUUCACGGCCUCCUUAGAUCCCUAUUGUCCCGGUACCGUUGCCGUUUCUCAAACUCUGCUGGCACUGCACUUCAAAUCGAAAUCUACUUGCUCCUCCACAACCAAAACUCGAGGCACUUCCACUGCCAGCGGCUUCCCGCCACUGUGGAAGCGGCAGCCCGGCACUCUACUGAAAUCUGGGAUUCGUUUUCUCCUGAUUUGAAAGAACGUUGCAGGGGUCUCCUUUUUUACAAUGAGCUGUUGCAGACUUUCUACCUGUUCAAGAUAUGUGACUAUAAGAGCGCCACACAACAUAUUAACAGACUGGACGCUGCCAUGAAGGAUGAUCAGAAACAAUUAUCCCGUGUUAAGGAGCUUUUUGGGGAGCUUAAUACUGUGAAUCAGAGCCUUUCACAGCUGAACUUGCAAGGGAAAUCAAAUACGGCUUUGAGGGAGAAGCAGGGCAUGUUACAUGACAAGUUGAGAGAAGCCACUGGACUUGAUGAGGAUAUGUGGGGCUUUGAGGACAAAAUUCUCUUGGGACCUCCUCCAUUGGAUGGGGAAUGGCUGCCUAGGAAAGCGGUGUAUGCCCUGGUGGAUCUUGUGGUUGUCAUGCAGGGACGUCCCAAGGGAGUGUUUAAGGAUUGUGGGAAAAGAAUUCAUUCAGGAAUGAAAUUGAUUUGUGAGGAGCUACAAAAAUUUGGCAUUGGUGAUAACCAGAGAGAGAUGGAUAUUCAACACUCAGAUAUAUGGAUAGCUGGUCAAUUUUUAUUGCUCCUUAUGCAAUUUCUUGAGAAUAAAGUUGCGCUGGAGCUUACUAGGUCUGACUAUAUUGAAGCUCAAGAGACGAUAGUGCAGAUGAGAAAUUGGUUUAUUCGUUUCCCAACCAUACUGCAAGCAUGCGAGUCCAUUAUUGAAAUGCUAAGAGGACAGUAUGCUCAUUCAGUUGGUUGUUUCCAUGAGGCUGCCUUUCAUUUCUUGGAGGCUACAAAGCUCACUGAGAGCAAGUCGAUGCAAUCUAUGUGCCAAAUUUAUGCAGCUGUUUCUUUUAUCUGUAUUGGUGAUGCAGAAUCUUCUUCGCAGGCAUUAGAUUUGGUAGGACCAAUUUACAAAACCAUGGAUUCAUUUGUUGGUGUACGAGAGAAAACUUGCAUUGUGUUUGCUUAUGGUCUUCUAUUGAUGAGGCAGCAUAAUCUACAAGAAGCUAGAGUUCGUCUGGCCAGUGGCCUGAAAUUAGCACACCAGCAGUUGGGGAACAUUCAACUUGUUUCUCAGUACUUGACGAUCUUGGGAACAUUAGCACUUCAACUGCAUGACACUGAACAAGCUAGGGAGAUAUUGAAGUCAUCGUUAACAUUAGCCAAGACACUUUAUGAUGUUCCUACACAGAUCUGGGUGCUUUCUGUUUUGACAGAUCUGUACAAGGAACUUGGUGAGUCAAGAAAUGAAAUGGAGAACUCUGAAUAUGAGCGUAAAAAAGAAGAUGAUUUGCAAAGGAGGUUGUCUGAUGCUCUCUCUCGCACUCAUCACCUUGAGCUGAUUGAAAAGGAGCGGAUCAAAGUUCAUUCAGACAUGAGGCGCACAGCCGGUGCACCUACAAAUACUGAUCUCGAGAUCCCUGAAUCGGUUGGCCUGAAAGCUCCUUCGCCUGCUCCGGUAUCACGGCUAAUUGAUCUGGACUCCGUCAGACGUAGUGCACGAAGAAAAAUCUAGUCAUAUGAAGCCAUAUUGCUGUAAUCUCCCUCCCUCCUCAAAGCAUUUGAAAAUUGCCACCAUAUCUCACAAAGUAAAUAAUUGUAUCCACUCAUACAGUCUAAUUUUAGCAUGCUUCUUGGAUUU